AUGUCGUCUACUACUGCCAUCCCCUCGACUGCUCUCACUACCUUCCCUCCUACUGCUACUCUAGCUGCCACUACUAAUACCGAAUAUGCUACCGAGAAGAAUAAUGAACAUCAUCAACAUCAACGGAAGCACCACUUUGAAGGAGAAACCUCAUCGAUCUCGUCACCAGCAUUGCCGGCCACCUCUAGUGGGCACAUCCCCGUGCUGUUCCUACUGCCGGUGGACAACGUACGUAGGCUGAUCGGCAAACAGGGAAGGAUAAUAAAACAGAUACGACAAGCCUGGCCUGGAGCAAGCUUAGUUGUCCAUGAGAGCGAGACUCCUACGGCCCUCCACGCUCAGAAGGAGAGGAUAGUGGCUGUCAGGCCGACUGUGGCAGAGGAUAACAACAUCAAUGCUGAUACAAAACAGAGAAACUUGAAUAUGUUGUUGGCGGGAGUCUGUCGCCGUCUGUGCCUUCCUGACGAUGAUUUCGACUCCCAACGUGUGGAGAGUGAGGUCUUUCGAGUGGACCCCAAGGUAUCUUCGGACUCCUGCUGCAUUUGUCUGCUAAUUCCAGGGAGUACUCUGCCCGGUAUGAUCGGUCACGAGGGCCAGACUGUGAGGAGUCUACAGAGCGAUACGGGUUGUAUCAUUCAGUUCGUCACCGAGCCUGUUAUUGGCAUUCCCAACUUCAGAAGAUGCCGCAUUACAGGAUGCUGGCCGAACCUGGCCCGAGCAGUGAUAGCGGUCGUUGAGAAAUUGCAAGAUUUGCAAGAUAGAGGAAGGGCGGGGGUGUCCUUCCCGAGUGGAUGGGAUCCUCUGACCAACCCUGGAAGGAUGGAAGAUAAUGACCUUGCCGCGAACUCUCCUGCUUCAAGUCGUGGCAUUGGCUUGUCAUCCCUGGCCGUUAUGGAGCCAACAAGAUUCCUAGUUGAUCCUCAAGAGGCUGGUUGGAUCCUCGGCAAGUCUGGUCGAAAAAUUAAUCGUCUCCGUGAUAAGUACACCCCUGACGUAUCCAUCAACGUCGAUAUGGUUACUCCAGAGUGGAGGGUGGUAUCAGUCGGGUUAGCGGCACCUUUCUCUCGUUCGGCCUCUCUACGGAAAGCCCAUGCCCUGCUGGAUCUACUUGCCGAUCUCGAAAGGUAUCCACCGUUGACGGCGAUGGGUCGUCAGACUUCUGUCGCCGCUGUGAACGCGCCCGAGCCGAACUUCUUCCUGCGUCAUACGGGCGGGUCUAAGAUGAAAUUACUCAUCCCCCCGGAGCUCUUUGGGGCGGUGAUGGGCCGAGGUGGAGAGAGGAUGCGCAGGCUCACUAGGGCUACAGGAGCUGCCAUUCAGAAGAUUAGACCAUCGGACUCCCCUCUUUCCACUGGAGAUACGCUGACGGAGUCGGCCAUUCGAAGAACUCUGAGCUCUCAUCGUCUGAUCGAAAUUUCGGGCAAUGCUAAGCAGAAGGCUGAUGCUAUCCUUAGAGUAGUGCAGAUAAUGGACCGUAAAGCCUUGGAUAUCGCUGGUAUACCGGAUGACGACCGUGAUUCAUCGUCUGGUAGUAGUCCUUCGGUCGGCUCCCCUCGUUCCCCCUCCAUCAACCCUCGUCGUGGUGGUGAUGGUGAUACUUCGAAUGCUGUCACCGAGAGGCUGAGUGCUUUCGAGAGGAGUGUACGAGAAGCUCAGUCAAUGCCGCAGCUUAUCAACACCUAUGUCACUAUGACGAUCGUCCUUCCCUCUCUACCCCAAGCUCAGCUACUCCUGGCCGAAGCUGGUGGGAUACUAUCGCAAACCGGAUGCCGAAUAACCGUGGGCGGCUUCGUCCCGGAGUAG